UCGCACAACCCAUAGGAAAAGCCGACGACGACAAACGUAACGACACCGAACCCUCGGGGCUCACGACCCACGACCUAUAUCAGGCUGAUUGUAAAGCCGCUCGCCAUUCUACCACAUUAGACGCAAAAAUGUCUUCAGCGUCGCCCCGAAAGUCAACCCGCGCUGCCGUAACCCGCCGGAGAGCGCCUGUCGUGGACGAUUCCGACGAUGAGAGUAGCCGUCAGAGCACACCACAGGUGAAAGAAGAGGAAGAAGAUGACUUCACACCAGAACCCGCUCCGCCCAAAAGAACUCGGGGGCGACCCAAAAAGAACACAGAGGCGGGCGCUUCAUCCACACCAGCCCCGAAAACAACACGGCGGCGCACACGUGUGCCCGAAUCUAUCGAGCCCACGCAGGUAUUUACGCCUGCAGCCGAUGAUGUCGAGCCCGCGUCGCCGGUGAAAAGGUCCCCUCGGAAGAAGUCUACAGCAGUGAAGUCGCCGGAGCCUCAAGUUGAGCCGGAGCUGGAGCCGGAAGUAGAGGCCACCGUCAUCAAGAGCGAACCCGACCCUGAUCCCGAGCCUGCGCCUGUGCCUGAGACCGCUCCAACCAGUGCGCCAGAUACCCCUCGAGCAGAUGCCACCCAGAGAACCGUCGUCGAGCCGACGCCAGAAUCCGAGGCGGAGUCUGCGACUUCGUCCAAACAGGCAACCGCUGCAGUCGAACGCGUGAAUGUCCAACAUACAACGCUGGAGAGGCCCAUGGACAUUGUAGUGCGGAAACGUGCUGCUGGUAUACCUUCGACCCAGGAAUCCAACAUCCCUAAACAGCGCACAGUCAUCACUUGGUUGGUCCUCACCAACUUCAAGAGUUACGCUGGUGAGCAAAAGGUCGGACCAUUUCAUGCGUCCUUCUCGUCUGUGGUAGGCCCGAACGGAUCUGGAAAGUCCAACGUCAUCGAUUCGCUGCUAUUUGUGUUCGGUUUUCGCGCAAGCAAAAUGCGCCAGGGCAAGAUCUCCGCCCUCAUCCACAAUUCAGCUGCCUAUCCCAAUCUCGAAUAUUGCGAGGUCUCCGUACAUUUUCAGGAAGUAAAGGAUCUACCAGCCGGUGGUAGUGAGGUCCUUCCUGAUACUCAGCUGGUCAUCUCUCGAAGAGCGUUCAAAAACAACUCUAGCAAGUACUACAUUAACAAUAAGGAAUCCAGUUUCACCAUUGUCACCACAUUGCUCAAGGAUCGAGGCGUUGAUCUCGACCACAAGCGAUUUUUGAUUCUACAGGGCGAGGUUGAAUCCAUUGCACAGAUGAAACCUAAAGCUGCCACCGAACACGAUGACGGCUUGCUUGAGUAUCUUGAGGAUAUUAUUGGCACUUCAAAGUACAAGACUCCAAUCGAAGAGUCCGCCGCAGAGACCGAGACGCUAAACGAAGUUUGCAUGGAGAAAAACAACCGCGUACAACAUGUUGAGAAGGAGAGAAGUGGCCUGGAAGACAAGAAAAACAAGGCUCUGGCUUUCAUCCGUGAUGAAAACGAGCUUUCAACAAAGAAAUCGGCCCUAUAUCAAAUCGUUAUUUCCAACAUGGAUGAUCAUAUUGCUGUAACGCACGAAUCGGUCGCUCAAAUGCAAGCUCAACUCAACGAGGAGCUCGAAAAGCACCAAGGCAACGAAGAAGGGAUCAAGCAACUCGAUAAGCAGCACAAGAAGGGCGCCAAGGAGUACGAGCGUCUUGAAAAGCACUCACAGGAAUUACAGAAAGAAGUUGCCAAGAUCGACAAGGAGACUGUCAAGUUUGAGGAGAAGAAGAAAUUCCUCGCCAACAAACAAAAGAAGCUCGAAAAGACGAAGGAAACCAGCAAAUUUGGCAUGUCGGAAUCUGAAACGCUUGCUACACAAUAUGCGGCUGAUGUUGAACGCUAUGCUGAAGAGAUUGAAGAGUUGGAAGCAAGUAUGAAGCUUGAAGAAAAAGAACUUGAAGCUAUCCGCGCGAGCCUAGCUGGCAAGACACAAGGGCUUUCGGACGAGAUCGCGGCGAUGCAAAAGUCGUUAGAACCGUGGAGCGCCAAGAUCAACGAAAAGCAGUCUGCCAUUGCCGUCGCGCAAAGUGAACUUGACAUCCUCCGUGAGAAGGAAAAUGCAGGUGCAAAGGGCAUUGCUGAAGUUGAAGCUAAAAUCGCCACCUUCGAAGAGUCCAAAGACAACAAAACCUCUGAACUUGAGGAGUGCAAGGUGGAAAAGAAGAAGCUCGAGAAAGAGGCGCAAAAAGUUCAGAUACAGAUCGAAAAGCUAUCCGAAAAGGAGCCUACGCUGAGAACCAAACUGUCGGGCGCACGACAGAAAGCAGAUGAAGCACGUGCUAGUUUGUCGGCAACCCAAACACAAGGCAAUGUUCUCACCGGUCUCAUGCGUUUGGAAGAUUCAGGCCGUAUCAGCGGCUUCCACGGACGCCUGGGAAAUCUUGGUGCCAUUGACCAGAAGUACGAUGUUGCCAUCUCCACGGCUUGUCCUCAGCUAGACAAUCUGGUUGUUGAUUCGGUAGAGGUUGGGCAACAAUGCAUCGAGUAUCUUCGAAAGAACAACCUUGGCCGCGCGAACUUUAUUUGUUUGGAUCGUCUGCCUCAACGAGAUCUAUCCCCGAUCGAUACGCCCGAGAACGUGCCGAGAUUGUUCGAUUUGGUAAAACCGAAGCAUGAUAGGUUCCGACCCGCCUUCUUCAGUGUACUCCAAAACACUCUCGUUGCAAACGAGCUUCAGCAUGCAAACCGCAUCGCAUAUGGUGCGAAACGAUGGAGAGUGGUAACGCUUGACGGCCAACUUAUCGACAAGUCCGGUACCAUGAGUGGUGGAGGAACACGAGUAGCCAAGGGCGGAAUGUCUUCUAAGCUUGCUGCUGAUGUUUCGAAAGACCAAGUGGUGAAGUUGGAGCAGGAUCGCGACACCCUCGAACAGACCUUUGCCGAACUUCAACAGGAACAACGAGAUCUAGAGAACACACUUCGGAGUAUCAACGACCAAAUACCCCAGCUGGAAACAAGGAUACAGAAAAUCGCACUUGAGCUGGAGAGCUUCGAUCGCAACAUUGCGGAUUCCGAGCGUCGCAUCAAGGAACUAGCUGCCGAAGCUGCUACUACCAAAUCCGACAAAGGCCGAAUCUCUGCUCUCGAGAAGAGCAUCAAAUCGACCGAGAAAGAGGUUUCGAAGCUGCACGCCGAGACCGCGGACGUGGAAGCGGAAAUCAAGGCUCUGCAAGACAAGAUUAUGGAAAUUGGUGGUGUCAAGCUCCGAGGUCAAAAAGCCAAGGUUGACGGUCUGAAACAACAGAUCGAUACCCUUACGGAGGCUUCUUCGAAUGCUGAAGUCUCCAAAUCCAAAGAGGAGAAGCAGCGGGCGAAGCACGAGAAGGCUCAUAAUGAUGCGAUCAAGGACCUCAAUAAGCUGGCCAGAGAUGCAGAGAGGGUCGAUGAAGAUAUGGAGGCACAGCGUAGUGACGCUGCUGGCACAAGGCAACAAGCGGAGGAGGCUUUGGAGGCCCUCGAGGCGAGGAAAGAAGAGCUCCAAGCAGUGAAGAAGGAACUGGAUGAGAAGACUGCUGAGCUUAACGAGACACGAGCUGUCGAGAUUGAGAUGCGCAACAAACUUGAAGAGGGCCAGAAGGGUCUGAAUGAGUACAUGAAAAAGCAGCGCUUUUACCAGGACAAACUAUCGAAGCUUUCAUACCAGAGUGUCAGUGAUCUUGGAGAGGACCAAGAGUCGGAAGGACUGCCCACAUAUACCAAGGACGAAUUACAAGACAUGGACAAAGAUGAGCUCAAGGAUGAGAUUGAGCAGCUCGAAAAGAAGAACGAGAACGUUAACGUCGAUCUGGCAGUUCUCGGUGAAUACCGCAAGCGAGUUGAGGAACACGCGGCUCGCAGCCUGGACCUCGCGGAAGCCGUAGAAUCUCGCGAUACAGCUAAGAAACGCUGCGAUGAACUGCGCCGACUCCGAUUGGAAGGGUUCAUGGAAGGCUUCAGUAUCAUCACGGCGCGCCUGAAAGAGAUGUACCAGAUGAUUACGAUGGGUGGUAAUGCGGAGCUGGAGCUGGUUGACUCGCUGGAUCCUUUCUCGGAAGGCAUCCUUUUCAGUGUGAUGCCACCCAAGAAGAGUUGGAAGAACAUUUCCAACCUCUCUGGUGGUGAGAAGACAUUGAGUUCGCUGGCACUUGUAUUUGCGCUGCAUCAUUACAAGCCCACGCCACUCUAUGUCAUGGACGAGAUCGACGCAGCAUUGGACUUCCGAAAUGUGUCUAUCGUCGCUAGUUACAUUCAACAGCGAACGAAGAACGCACAGUUUAUUGUCAUUUCCUUGCGCAAUAACAUGUUUGAGCUUGCAGCCCGGCUUGUGGGCGUGUACAAAGUGAACCACAUGACGAAGAGUGUAACGAUUGAAAACAAGGACUAUAUUAGGGCCGGUGCAUAA